AUGGAAGUGAUGUCCCCGCAACAGGAGCACCUCGGGCCGGGCCGCUCGUCCUCGGUGAGCGGCGAAAGCAGGGUCUUCGCCGCCCCCGACAGCAAGAAGAAAAUGAAGAGUUUGGCUCAAAGACGCCAGUCUGCACCAUCUUUGAUCUUUGUCAAAGCACUUAACAGAUCUCGCUCGGUCUCAAGGGAAGGCUGCUUCUCCCCUAUCAGUCCUGAGGCAUGUCCCCUUGUGCAGUCUUUCAUGUGCCACAACCGAACGUUCAUCCUGGACGGCCAUGUGCAGCUGAAGACGGGUCUGCAAACCCAGGAGCGACACCUUUUCCUCUUCACAGACCUUCUGGUUGUUGCCAAGUCCAACAGGUCGCACUCUCAUUUCAAACUGAAGUGCCAAGCACGUCUCUGUGAGAUGUGGACAGCAUUUUGUACAGAAGAAGUCUGUGAAGGCAGCACUGACCCUGAGAGGUCCUUUGUUUUGGGCUGGCCCACCACAAACUGUGUGGCAAAUUUCAGGUCUGCAGAACAAAAGGAAACAUGGCUCUCUUUUUUGCAAAGUCGAAUAAGAGAAGAGAAGGAAAAAGACUACCCUAAAAGCAUUCCUCUGAAGAUAAUUGCGAAGGACGUGGGAACUUGUGCAUAUUCAAAAACCUUAAGUGUAACCAAUGUCGAUACAGCGAAUGAUGUAAUCCUGAUGGCCCUGCAGCAGCUAGGAAUUAACGGCUCUGAAAAAGACUACAAGCUGUGGGUGAUUUCAGGAAGAGAGGAUGCCCCUUACCCUCUUAUCGGACACGAGCAUCCCUUUGGAAUUAAAAUGAGCCACAUUCGUGAUGCGAUGCCCCAUGGAUCAAAGCACUGUGCCUGCCCCAGGCAGCUUCAGGGGUCCUUCUUGACGGAGCAGCUGCCCCAGGAGCUGCAGUGCCAGUUUGUGCUGAAGCCAAGCCGCCUGGCUGUGUGCCAGCAGCUCAAUGACUUAAGCCAAAAGUCAUUUAAAAGGAAAAGAUCUAUCAUAAACUGGGCUUUCUGGCGUGGCCCAGGCACUCACUUGGACAACGCACCCCUCUCCUCAACAUCUGCUGCUCCUGGGAAGCUCUUUGGCCUCUUGCUAACAGCCAUCUGUGAGGAUGACAACCUGCCCAAGCCCCUCUUGGACAUGCUUUCCCUCCUUUACCAAGAGGGCCCUUCCACUGAAGGUAUUUUCAGACGCUCUGGAAGUGCAAAAACCUGCAAAGAGCUCAAGGAGAAGCUUGAUGCAGGAGCAGAAGUGGACCUAGCCUGUGAGUCCAUAUUUGUGACAGCAUCUUUGUUUAAGGAUUUCCUUCGCAACAUCCCAGGCAGCAUUUUGUCAUCCCAGCUCUGUGAUAAGUGGGUCUCUGUGAUGGAUCAAGGAAAUAAUGAAGAAAAGAUAAAAAGCAUCCAAGGGUUAAUAGAGCAGCUCCCUAGAGCUAAUGUCGUUCUCUUACGUUACAUCUUUGGAGUGCUGCAUGGCAUAGAAAUGCGGUCUGAAGAGAACCAGAUGAAUGCAUUUAAUCUGGCCAUCUGCAUUGCACCCAGCCUGCUCUGGCCUCCUGCUUCCUCUACUCCUGAUAUAGAGAGUGAAUUCACAAAAAAGAUUUCUAGUCUGGUACAGUUCCUCACUGAGAAUUGCUGCAGGAUUUUCGGAGAGGAAAUUACCUCCCUCUUUGGAGAAAUACUGAUGACAUGCAAGAGAGAGAACAGCUCAGAUGCUGCAUCUCUCCAUCUGAAUGACUCUUCCUAUGACAGCCUGGAAAAUGAGGCAAACGAUGAAGCUGACUCCUCCUCUAGUGACUGGAUUAAGAACCGUGACCAGGAUAACAGGAGCAGGGAGUCUGUCUUCACGCUGAGCGACGCCGAUUCGGAGCAGACAGAGGUGGAUGAGAUCCAAAGUAAAACCAAACUGAAGCAGCUGACAAUUUCUGUUGAUGUGCACCGUAAGUUUUCAUCUCAAGAAAACUCAGAGAGCAAGUCUCUCCACUCCAGUGCGCUGGGCUUCUCUUCAGCAGCUACCUCAGGUGCUCUCAAAACCUCGAGGAGACACAGGCGCUCCUCAGAGCCUGCCCUUGGCCUCCUCGCCCCCAGCUUCGCCCGCGCCAGUGGUGCUCAUGAGAAGGCAACGCGCAAAGCCAGCUGUGACGUUGUCCUGUGUCACGAAGAUGAAGACUAUCUCCGACAGCUUCGGUCAUUGCAGGUAGAAGGGCAGAAACUUAUCAAUCAGAGCUUGAUUAUAGGGAUUAACGUUUGUAAAAGUGACAACACAAACCAAAACGUUGAAAAGAAAGACCUGACUCAUUGCCUUCUGCCUCCAACACCAGAGGGAUUAAAUAUUUGCUCAGGAUUUAGCUCUUCUAGCCUGUCUUCCCCUGGGACAUCUCCUUCUGUGUCAUCAAUGAGCUCUCUGGACAGUGCUUUCUCUCAGUUUUCAGACCAAUCUGUGUUUACCCCGACUGAAACCUGCUCCCCUUUCGAUAGCACUUUUCAGCUGCUAAAGAAACGUGAAGACGUUGCCACGGAAGCGGCUGAUGACUAUUUGGUUACACCCACCAAGAUGCCACCGUCUCCACAACCUACCAGCCCUUUGGCUGAGCAGGGCUUGGUGGAGCCCAACAGCAGAACAACGCCCUUGGAACCUACUGAUGGAGUUGACAGCUAUUUGGUUAAGCCUGACAUUCAGCCUUUACCUCUGAAAGUUACAGGACGAGACAGACUUCAUGACCCGAGGUCAAAGAGGAGGUCUAGAAGAGCAUUACAACAAUCCAAAGUUUGAAAAGACUGACCAAAGCUUUUUUUGCGGAGGAAUCUUAACGCUUAAAAUAAACACCAUCAAGAAAAUGCCUUUGGUGUUAAUGUGUGUUCAUUUUAAGUUUAAUAUCCAGGUUGUUCAAAUUUAAUUGAGCAGUCCCCAGAUUCACGGGUUUUCUUUUAUUUUUGUAGGAAACUGUCUGAGUAAUGUUCCCACAUAAAGCUUUCAAGAACGUUGUGAGAAUAAUAAAAAUUGCUAAAAAGCAAGCAGACAGAAAUGUCCCAGACAUCUGGAUGGGCCCCAGGAGGCAUACGAGCAGCACCCCGUCCUCUGAGCCUGCCAGGGCAGCAGGGUGCCUGCUGGGCCUCUCCCCUUGACCACUCGUGUGUUGAGCCUUGCAGAUGUGAGUCCUGGUCCUUUGUGGUUUUGAUGUAGCGUGCAAAGUCAGUAUAGAUUCCAUAACUGUGGUAUUAUACUACUGUUCUGAAACUGAUAGGUAUUACCUUCAUUGUCCUCCAAGGAGUAAGUGUAUUGUUUUCUGUACGUUUAUAAGGUGUGUUCAAUAGGUGUAGUUAUUUCUUUCACACUGCAAAGGAAAGGAACAAAUAAGCUCAAAAAUAUGUAAAGAGAAAAGCUGAAGCUUGUAACUAACACCUCGCAACUCUGUGUGAUUCAUUUAUUGUGCUUCGUUGGCUGUUCUGUUCGUGUUUCGGUUGUGAAUAGUUUCUUAACGUUGCUGUAAAUGGCAGUGUGUAUGAUCGCAAGCAGAACACAUGUAAUUUUAUUAUGCAGCAUCUAAAACAUCGUAUAAUAUAUGAAAAGUAAUGCAUUAUCUAAAUGCUUUGAGUUUGUAUAAUAUAUCCCCAUAAAUUUUGCUAUUAUAUAUGUUC